AUGGAUGUCAAGGAUUUAAUUAAUAGAACCCCAGCCAACUUGGUAACUGUCACCAGCAUGAUCAAGAAUUGCAAGUUGUUCAGUGACGAUCUUUCCGUUGCCGCUGAAUCUACUAGUUUGUCUUCAAGAAUCGUUAAAAAGAUUAAUAAUACCCGUGAAAAUAUCAUCUACCUUUGGGAAAGAUUAGAAACUUAUUCAACUUCAUUGUCUGCCUUUGCUGAAGAUCUUAAGGGAUAUACAAUUAGCUCUGAACAAACGAAUACUCCACAAGCCAUUCAAGUAGCUCAAACUUUAUAUGAAGCUGGUAAGGAUAUGGAAAGAUUAUACAAGUCGGUAUUGGGUGAUCUUGCCUACCUCCUCAAAUCACUCCACAAGGAAUCACAACAUGUCGAAGAGUUACUCCCAACUCUCAAGACCAGCAUUGGUAAGAGUGUUUUGGGUGUUGGUAUCAUUGUCUUGACUGCUGGUUUGGCCGCAUCUGAUGUCGUUCCAAGAGUAUUCAAGCCAUAUGCUUACAAGAAGAGAUUAAAUAGAAUGAACAAGUUAAUUCCAUACAUUGAAAAGUUCACCAAUGAAUUAAAGGAAUUAAAAUCUACCCUUGUUGUAUCUGGACCAAUCGUCUGUGAAUUCCUCAAGGAUAUGGGUCAAAAUCCAACUCCAGUCCGUGCCGGUGGUGUUAGUUUUAAUUUAACUCCAAUGGAAGUUUAA